CAAAUCUUUCAUCAACUAUCCUCCUUCCCUCUCUCUAAAAAGAUAAAACCCUACAAAAUCAAAAGCUAAAACUGCCGCCACACCACAGCUCUGCCGCCGCAAGCCGAACCACUGCAAUUGCUGUCUGCCACCUACUGCCACAACGCCUGCCGCCUCUCUGGUGGCUGUGUCGGUGUCGCUCGCAGUCGCUGCCGCUCGCAGUCGCUGCCGCCUGCCUAUUAUACUCACAAAACAAAAACCCUAAAAAUCAGAACUUUGAUUUUUUAAAGCCGCUGAAUCGGCCAUCAAUUCAUACGUUUCUGGUUAGGCAAUACUCAUUUUCUGAUUUAUUGCUUCUCUCCCAUACUUUCUUAUUUCUUAGGUAAAUGAUUUCUUUGUAGAUUUUAGAUCUGAAUCCUUAAACCUAAUUUGAGAAUUCAUACAUUCGUCUUGACUAUAAAUAAACUCUUGUAUAUUGUUGAGCUGAAGCGGCCUGUUUCUGUAUACUUUGAUUGUUUAAUGUUUAAAAUAUGUGAUCAGUGAAUUGAGGUGGAGUAAUAGUCAAUUGUUUAAUAUUUCUGAAUGUGGUGAAUACUAUUAUAACAUUAGUAUUUUAGUUGUUAAUUUUAUAAACGAAACUAUUUUGAAAUUUUGUCUAUUUAUUGGUGCUCCAUGGGACUCUGAACCGUGGAUCCGCCACUACUCUGUCAAGGCCUCCGAUGUGAAUUUGCCUAAGAAAAAAUGAAGAGAGUUGGCAAUGUCUCAAGAAGCUGGUAUGUUUGUUGUGCAACAAACAAUUGGAAGUGUUCUAUGCUGCAAAUGUGGUGUUUCUAUGCAACCAAAUGCUGCCAAUAUGUGUGUGAGAUGUUUGAGGUCAGAAGUUGACAUCACAGAAGGCUUGUUGAAGCAUGUGACAAUCUUAUUUUGUCCUGAAUGUGAGACUUACUUGCAGCCUCCAAAGACUCGCAUCAAGGCGCAGUUAGAAUCAAGGGAACUACUAACAUUCUGCCUUAAGAAACUGAAUUUGGAUAAAGCCAAAGUUACAUUGGUGAAUGCUGAGUUUUUGUGGACUGAACCCCACUCUAAAAGAAUCAAGGUUAAACUGAGAAUUCAGAAAGAAGUCCUUCAUGGGGCGAUUUUAGAGCAAGCUUAUAUGGUCGAAUAUGUUGUGCAUCAUCAGAUGUGUGACUACUGUAAUAGGCUGCAGGCAAACCCAGAUCAGUGGGUAGCAUCAGUUCAACUCCGGCAGCAUGUUCCACAUAGGAGGACUUUCUUUUUCCUGGAACAACUUAUUCUUAAGCAUGAUGCUGCGAACCAGGCUAUCAGAAUUAAGCAAAUGGAGCAUGGAAUUGAUUUUUUCUUCUCCAACAGGAGUCAAGGGGUGAAAUUUUUAGAGUUCGUUGGUAAAGUUGUUCCCAUCAGAAGUCGUAGUGACAAAGAGCUUGUGUCUCAGGAUUCUAAGAGCAAUACUUACAACUAUAAACACACUUUUUCUGUUGAAAUUUGCCCCAUCUGUCGUGAAGACCUUGUAUGUCUUCCUCCUAAAGUUGCCAUUGGUCUGGGAAAUUUGGGUCCUCUCGUGAUUUGCACAAAAGUGAGCAAUAAUAUAAUGUUGAUUGAUCCAAACACAUUGAGAUAUUGUUUCUUGGAUGCUGACCAGUAUUGGAGGUCACCCUUUAGGUGUUUGCUUUCUAGUAGGCGGCUGGUGGAAUACAUUGUGCUAGACAUCGAUAACGUAUCUAGUGAAGUUAAUGUUGCUGGUUCUAGGUAUGCUUUGGCUGAUGCCCAAGUUGCUCGUUUGUCGGAUUUUGGAAAGAAUGAUACGAUAUUCCACAUUAGGACACACUUGGGGCAUCUUUUAAGUCCUGGGGAUAAUGCCCUUGGUUAUGAUCUUUAUGGGGCUAAUCUUAAUGAUUCUGAAUUGGACAAAUAUAGAGGCCUUGUACUUCCUGAAGUUAUUUUGGUAAAGAAGAGCUACGAAGAGAAGCGCCAACGAAAGCGUGGCAAGCCCCGUGCUUGGAAGCUCAAGAAUCUUAAUAUGGAGGUUGAUGAUGUUACCAAAGGUAAGGUAAACCAAUAUAAGGUGGAUAACGAGUAUGAAGAGUUCUUGAGAGACUUGGAGGAGAAUCCCGAAUUGAGGUUCAAUGUUUCAUUGUACCGUAACAAGGAAUAUCAACCAUCUGAAUCAGCUUCGAUGACUGAUGGUGAUGAGUUGCCUUCUAUACCUCUAGACGAGUUGCUAGCUGAUCUUGAUAUAAGUGAUGAAGAUGAUGAAACAAAUGGUAGUAACAUGAAGGAGUGAUGACCUCCUGCAGAACUCCGUAAAGUUUUUUACAAUACUUUUGUGAAACCCUCUCCAUUUUUCUUCUAAUUUUAAUUUUGCUUUUUAGAGUAUGCAUCCUUCUAAAUACAAAGCUUGCUUUUAUUGUAAACCCAUAAUCUGCAGUAUAUUCCAUUCAGAAAUAGAUUUAUUCUAUUACAUUGAAUCAUGAA